AUGGAGGAGACUGCAAUCAUGAAGAUACCUGGGAACGAGAUAAGCAAACUUGAGAAGUUUGAUGGGUCAUUUUUCAAACGUUGGAAAGGGAAGAUGUAUUUCUUCCUCACUGCUUUGAAACUUGCUCAUGUCCUGAACGAAGAGAAGUCAGUAGCACUGACACCGACAGAUACCACUACAGAAGCUUCAAGUGGAGAGACACCGGUGCAGAAACAACAGCGCCAGAAGUGGGAGCAAGAUGACUUCAUGUGCAAGGGCUACAUCCUCAAUGGGUUAUCAAACACACUUUAUGAUGUGUAUGAGCCCAAAUUUGCAGACAGCACGUCGAGAGAACUAUGGGAUGAGCUCGACAAAAAGUACAAAAUUGAGGAUGCUGGCAACAAGAAGUUUAUUAUAAGUAAGUUGUUUGGUUACAGGAUGGUAGGAGAUAAGUGUAUUAUCUCACAAACCUAUGAGUUGCAAGGUCUCAUGAAUCAAAUCAUCUAUGAGGGCCAUUAUCUUGACGAAUCUUUUCAAGUGUCAUCUAUUAUUUCAAAAUUACCUUUUGCUUGGAAAGAUUGUCGGAAAGAGUUGAAACAGAAGAAGGAUGCAAUGACUAUGCAAGAGUUGAUUAAGUAUAUCCAAGUUUAA